AUGUCCUGGCUUUCCUCGGGAAAGCUGCACGAGGAGUUGCUCCGCAAGCUGGCACUCCACCUGGCCGCGCAGCCGCAUCCCCUGGACCAGCCGCCGGUGCAGCUGGAGAUCGAGCCAGCCUUGGAGCGAUCGUCGGAGCAGAUUGGUGAAGACAAGGCGCACUGCGAGCGGCUCUUGGAAGACAUGGACGCUCCGGAGCGCAGGUCUGAGGCCAUGUCCUGGGUCCUCUCCAGUGGCAAGAGCCUCUCCUUGACCCAGUUCGGCUCUCGUGUAGUGCAGAAGGCUAUCGGCAACGCCUCUCCCCAAGAGCGGGAGACCUUUGCCGAAGCGCUGCUGCCACACGCCAUGGACCUUUACAUGUCCCCCCACGGCAACCACGUCUUGGCCAAGCUCAUCGAGGUCCUGCCUUCCACCCGCUUGGUGUGCAUUGCCCAGCGGAUGCGGGGCCAGGCCACCAGCGUGGCACGACAUCAGUUCGGCAGCCGCAUCUUGGAGCGGCUCAUGGAGCACUGCACCGAGGAGCAGAUUGGAUUCCUGUUGGAUGAACUUUUUGAUGAUGAACAAAACUUGGAAGCUUUGGCACGGCACCCCUUUGCCAACUUCGUCGUGCAACAUAUCUUCGAGCAUGGCAUGGCUUCACGGAAGAGCCACUGCUUCCGGAUGCUCCUUCCCCACGUCUUGCAGCAUGCAACUCACAAGACGGCGAGCAACGUGGUCCAAAGGAUGCUGGAGCACGCGGAUGUGACUGGCCAAGCCUUGAUUGCCGAUGCCUUCCUUGCCGGUGAAGGUGAAUCUUCCCUCGAAACCAUCGCCGCCACACGCUACGGGAGCUUCGUGGUGCACAGCUUGGUGGACAAGCUUCAUCCCCGAAUCGAUGCAGUGAAAGCACGUGUCAAGGCAGCCCAUCCACAGCUCCAGGAAUCCAAGUUUAGCCAAAAAAACAUCUUGGAUUUCCUCGGUGAGGCGUUCUUUGCUGACUGAAGGGUCAAUGCAUAAGACGAGCGGACCUAUUGGCGUUGUGUGCUGUGAGGCUAAGAUGGGCCCACGGUGCAAGGCAUAGGUACAGGCUGAGGGGUCAGGUGGGUUUUUGACCCAGGAAUUUUCAGCAUCGAUAGACGCGCACGCGGCAGAAAUGGGCGGGAUGGCCUAUCAGUUCCGGGCCAUCCCGAUGUCAUUCAGAAGUUGGAUUUCUUCGCUUGAAC